AUGUCUAAUACAACGUUGACCGAUCCCGCUCCCGAGUGGCUCAACAAGGGUGAUCAAGCCUGGCAACUAACAGCUGGUACACUCGUUGCUCUUCAAUCGAUACCAGGCCUCGCAAUGCUAUAUGCAGGUUUUGUCAAGAAGAAAUGGGCCAUUAAUUCCGCAUUUAUGGUUUUCUACGCCUUUGCGGCAACACUCAUUUGUUGGGUUAUUUGGGCAUACAAAAUGGCUUUCGGCGAGCAGUGGGGCAAGUUCCCUCUGGUCGGUACUCCAGGGCCCGUUCUGACAAUGAAACAAAAUUUGGCCCAAGCAACCUUGCCCACUGCUGGUCUCUCGCCCAAUUUCAAUUUAUCAACGAUGAUAUAUUUUCAAUUCGUUUUUGCCGCUAUCACCGUAAUAAUUCUGGGAGGUUCCCUGUUAGGGAGAAUGAACCUCUUGGCAUGGAUGGUGUUUGUCCCCCUUUGGAUCACCUUGAGUUAUACCGUUGGAGCCUUCAGUAUCUGGGCUGGUGGAUUUCUCACUAAGCUGGGCGUUUUAGAUUAUUCAGGUGGAUACGUCAUUCAUUUGAGCUCCGGCACUGCUGGAUUUACUGCUGCGUUUUGGGUGGGACCGCGCCUACAGCGGGACAAGGAUUCCUUCUACCCGAAUAAUGUUUUACUCAUGCUGGUUGGGGCCGGUAUCCUUUGGGUCUGCUGGAAUGGAUUCAACGGAGGUGAUCCGUACGCUGCGAGCCCCGAUGCCGGCGUUGCUGUUCUCAAUACAAACAUCUGCACCGCCAUGAGCCUCCUUGUCUGGACUAUCCUCGACUGGAUUUUCUUCAAGAAACCUUCAGUCAUUGGAGCUGUGCAAGGUGAAAUUACUGGUCUUGUUGCAAUUACACCUGCCGCUGGCUUAGUCACUGGUUGGGGUGCUAUUGUAAUUGGAGCUUGCUCAGGAUCGAUACCUUGGAUCUCGAUGAAUAGCUUUGGGAGAAUGAAAUGGAUGAAGAAAGUGGACGACGUUAUGGGAGUCUUUCAUACCCACCUGGUUGCUGGCUUCCUCGGGGGUUUUCUUACAGGUAUUUUCGCGACAAUCGACGGCUGUGCAGCGUUUGGUGUUACAAAUCUUGGUGGCGCGAUAGAGGGUAAUGGUAAGCAGGUCUGGGUGCAGAUUGUGGGCGCUUUGUUCAUUAUUGGUCUGAACCUAUUUAUGACCACGGUCAUCUGCCUUUUCAUUCAAUACGUGCUACGAAUCCCUUUGCGCUUGAAUGAGAGGCAGCUACUUGUUGGAGAUGAUGCCGUUCAUGGUGAAGAGGCCUAUGCUUUGUUCUUUGAGGGUGAGAGGAGCCACAUCAGUCUUCAGACGACUACCUUCGGGAGCGAUCAUGUCAUAGAGGGCCAGGGAGAAGGCAGCUCUCCUGGAACUGAGUCUGCAGGCGCGGCCAAAGAAAGAACGCCAGCUUGA